AUGUCCUUCAAUAUCACGUUGCGCCAAGGGCCUGCGCGCCUGGUGCAGCGUCUCCCCGAAUUGUCAAAAUCCGCUGCCUUCCGGACGACCGCCUCCCGGGCUUUCCACCAGGCCUCGCCGAAACAGAAGCUUUCCUCCGCCUUCUUCAGUGCCCGCACCACUGCGACAACGGGAUUGACAACAUCCUCGAUUGUUGCGCGCAGCACCUUCCGCAGUGGUGCGAGAAGCUUCACCCAGCAGACCUACACCCAAAGCCAGCAAGGCGGCAGCAAUGUGCGCAAACUGGUCGUCGGCGGUGCCAUCUUCGGUGGCACACUCGUGGCUAUCAACGCCGUCUUCAACCGCGAGAUGAGGGAAGACGGCGGCAUGCCGCCUUUCGAGCGCGAAUACCUCAACAGCACCUUCCUUCACACUGGUCUCGGCGUCGGCAUCAUCGCUCUCACUGCCCGCCAAAUGAUCAAUACCGGCUUCGUCUACCGCCUCAUGGUGACCAACCCCUGGGUAGUUGGCAUCGGCGGUCUCGCCCUUAGCUUCGCGACCAUGAUCGGAACUCGGUCUAUUUCGCCUGACAACUACAUUCCCAAGUACGCCCUCUGGACCGCAUUCAACGCCACUCAGGCUGCCUUCGUCGCGCCCCUCCUGGCUUUCGUCCCUGGUGCGCUCAUUGCCCGCGCCGGUCUCUACACUGUUGCCAUGAUGGGCAGCAUCUCUAUCGUCGGCGCCACCGCCAAGCAGGAGAAAUACCUCUACAUUGGCGGACCUCUCCUGGCUGGUGCUGCCAUCGUCGCAGCUUCCGGACUCGCCCCUCUCGUCAUUCCCGCCACUGCCGUGAGGACCUUGGCUUUCACCGAGAACCUCUGGCUGUACGGUGGCCUGGCUGUCUUCGGGGGCUUCACUCUGUACGAUGUUCAGAAGGUUCUGUACCACGCCCGUCUUGCCGAGGCUGGUGCCAUCAAGAAGGACCCCGUCAACGAGAGCAUCUCACUCGAGCUUGACUUCCUCAACAUCUUCAUCCGCAUGGUCCAGAUUCUCAUGAUGCAGCAGAAUCGCCGUAAGUGA